AGAAGAGAUACUUUGAGAUAGAAAAAGGCAGGUCCAUGAGUCAGCUUUGUGUUAUGCUUUGAAAUGAUGUGGCAUGUGCACUUUGAAACUGUGACAGGACACAGUACACAGUGAACUGCGAAUGUCUAUUUGGAAACAUCUAAAAUAGAAACCUGUUUAUCCUGCACUGUUUCGUGUGAUGGAGCCCAGAGGGCAAGGCUGGCAUAUGCCAGGCCAUCAGUACCAGUCUAGUGACAGAGACGACCAAUACAGAUCCUCCCACCAAUCGCCGUAUUACUACCCACAUACAGACCCAAGAGGGAGAGAAAGACAGUGGCCCCAUGUGGAUCCUCGGUAUGGAAGCUACAUCGCCAGUCCUCCUCCUAAACCAGAGUAUACAGAGUAUACUGGAUAUAGCAGCAGUUAUGCAUCAAACCAACCAUCGCACUUCAGACCUCACUCCAGGCAGGAAUAUGACUACACCACUCCCAGCUACUGGCCCUACAGAGACGACUACGGGUAUUAUGAUUAUCAUGGUUAUCACAGACCACAGUACAGCUCCCCAGAUGGUGGUGGCUGGAGCCAAACAGAUGAUUGGAGAACAGACGGCAGAGGACUGCAGCAACAGUCUGCAAGAGCUUCAUACAUAGAUCAGCAGGGCUAUAGCCUUAGAACAGACACUCAAUAUGGUGUCUCAGAGAGACAGCACAGAGAAAGUAUGGAAAAUGGAGAUGGAACAGGAGAGGUGUAUGAUAGUGGAGCUCUUGCCAACUCUAAAGCAUCAGGCUUGUCCUCAAGCAGCUAUGAGCUCAGCCAGUACAUUAAUGGAGCUGAACAGAGUGAACCAGAGCUCAUAUCUCACACAGAUGCUGUACCCAUAGAGGUAGUCCCACUAAAGUUCUGCAUCCCUCAUGUGGCAGUGAGUUUUGGCCCUGCAGGUCAGCUGGUAAGAGUCAGUCCAGUCCUUGCCUCUGAGGGUGAGCCUGCUCAAGUGGAAAUCCACAGCUUGGAGGUAAUUCUCUGUGACACAGAAGAACAGCAGAAUAUGAGAGACUUUCCUGGACCAUUGGCUAGGGAGGAUUUGCAUAAGGUUGAUGCCAUUAACUUUGCCCUGCAAAUGUCAAAAGAAUGUCUGAAGGAUGAGAAAUUAGAAGAUGCCACUUCUGCUGCCCUCUUGUGGUAUCUCCUAAUACUGCUGUGCAGACAGAAUGGAAGAAUUAUGGGUUCAGAUGUUGCAGAACUGCUGAUGAGGGACUCCAUGGGUACGUGUGCGGUCUCUGGUGAGCUUGGAGAUGAAAAAAGCCUUAUUGAUCUUAAUGAAACACCCACAUCAGGAAAUGAGACCCUCAAUAUAUCUGACCUUCUGACUGGAUACCCCCCAACUGACAAAGAGGCCACAGAACAAAAUCUUCAGAAAUACACAAAAUUGUUGCUGUCUGGCAGGAAGAAGGAGGCACUGGAGUCAGCCAUGCAGAGUGGACUUUGGGGUCAUGCCUUAUUUCUGGCCAGCAAAAUGGACAGUAGAUCCUACAACAUGGUGCUGAGCAGAUUUACAGGCAGUCUGGCUCCUAGUGACCCUCUGCAAACUAUCUUCCAGCUGCUCUCUGGGAGGAUUCCAGCUGUUUCCAUGUCCUGGAGUUGUGAGAAGUGGGGAGACUGGCGACCACACUUGGCUGUUAUGCUGUCCAAUGAGACAGGAGACCCAAUUAUACAUCAAAGGUCCAUCAUCGCCAUGGGCGAUACCCUAGCCUCCAGGGAUAUGCUGUAUGCUUCCCAAAUCUGCUACCUUACAGCUCAAUGUCCCUUUGGCUGGUACAAAAACAGAUCAGAGCGCCUGGUGCUUCUGGGCAGCAAGCAAAGUGUACAGUUUUCCAAGUUCUGUCACAACUCUGCCAUUCGCUGUACUGAACUGUUUGAGUACUGUCAAAGGCUUGGAAAUGCUGAAUUUAUCAUUCCUGCUUUUCAGGUGUAUAAAUUCCUGUAUGCAUGCCGACUGCUGGACUGUGGUCUGUUUUCUCAAGCCUUCCACUACUGUGAGGUGGUGGCAAAAGCUCUGCUCAGGAUAGAGGAACCCCAUGUAGUGCUGCUUGGAGAGCUUAUUAAUUUGGUGGACAGACUGAAGUUCUCUGAGGCACAGCUCAAUGACACAGGUGUCAAUCAGCCUUUCCUGGACCCCGACUGGCUGGUGCAGAUCCGCUGCAGACACCAGACCAUGCUGGUGGGGAACUACUGUAGUGAGACAUACCAGUCGCCAGUUGGGGAAACUACUUGGACUCAUGAGGACAGCAACAAGUGUUCAGAUUUUACAGAAGGUUCCCAAACAGAGGCAGCUAACCAUGCUAGCACUGAAAAUGAACCCCCAAACCCAUCUCAAUCCAUGAUAUCGCACACUGAUGUCCAGUUUCAGGAGUCACCAGCGAGCAUCUCUUCUGAAGAACAGGCUCCUAUGACUGUUGCCCCAGUGCCACUGUACCCGACUCAGCAACCAAUGACACUGCCCCCAGUCUUCCCUAUGGAAACGUUUGGGCCUCCACCAGUUUCAAAAGACCAAAGCCACGCUAAUCUUGAUAGCAGCAGUAAACAUGAUAACUUUCACAGUCACACUGCUGCUUCCACUUCGCCUCCAAAAAGCUACAGUAAUACAGGAGGUGACUUUUCUGCUGGUGCACUAAUGCAGGGUGCUGCUGAAAUUGAUGCUGUAGUUGGGAGUGUUAAUCAGUCCAGGACAAUUCCAAGUGAGGACAACAACAGAGAGGCCAACACACAAUCACCUAAGAGCUCUAAGCCUGGAUGGUUCAGUGGCUGGUUCAAGUCCAAGCCUAAAGAAGACCCAAAAGAACAAAUCCUAGAACCCAAUCCUACCACGCAGGAGUCAACAGCCAACUUUCCUUUCCCUUCUCCUCCUCCACCGAUCCCAAAGGCUUCACAGGCUCAAUUCAGUGGGAUCAAUCCCUAUUCUAGGAGUGCUGAUCUUUACCCUUUACAAAUGGUAAUGAAAUUAAAGUUGUCAAUCACUGCAAACGUUCCUCUGAUCUGCAUGUCCAUCCUCCAAAGCUUCAAGCUGCAUCUCACUCAAACUGUUACCACUUUGUAGUUUGUACUGCAAUAUAAGGGCUGACUGGUGAGGGUAUAGACAGCUGUCUUCUCUGAUACACAUGGAGUCUUUAAACACUGUGAACCUGCAUGUGAGCUUCAAUGGAAGGUAAAACUGGUUCUGAGGUUCACUUUAUUGCUAGAUCCACACACUUCACACAGAACCCAAGUCUGUGCUGAUGAGUGAAAGGAUUUAACGUAACCUACUGGAAUCCCCAGACUGACAAAAAUUGUCUGGGACAAUGAGUCAGAAUCAAGGGUAUAUGUCACAGGGUCCCUAAUGAAGGUUUGCACUGAAGAAUAAUCGUCAUCUUUGGAACUCAACGAUGGGCUUUUGGGUUCGAGCCCAGUGUUUACAUGACUAAGGGAUUUCUCAGGCAAACCCCUGCAGUUCCUCUAGAGAAGGUCAGAUGAGCGUCUGUAUCUUCAUAUACAGUAGCAUCUGUGGUUACAAAAAUACAUUGAGGACAUAGAGUUCUUGAAGUAAUCUAUAAAGGGUUUGGUGUCCACUCGUCUUUGAAUGAAGACAUUGAACAGCUGAGGCACAGCUCCCCAUGCUGACUCUAGGGAUUUGUGUAAUGCCCUGUGAGGCCGGGAACAUGAUGGAAUGAGUGCUGAGCAAAGGUGCUGUGACCCAUGGAAACAUGAACUUAAAAUGUCACCACAGCUGGCAAUGUCAGUAAACUGUACAACAUGUAACACCUCCACCACUAUCUCACCUCCUUGCAUGCAAAAUUACUUUAAUAAUUUAAAUGGCUUUUCACAUACACAUAUAUAUUUGGGACAGGGAGUCGGACAGUAGUGAAGAUGUGGGAAGUUGUAAUUUGGAAACUGAACAGGUGGUCCCUUUGGGCCACAGCCUUGAUUUAUCCCAGAGGGAGAGAUAUUGAUGUUUUAAGCUGUUUUACUCAAUAUCACUUCCAAACAUGUAUACAAAGGUGUUGUAUAAAUUCUAAUAAAAAUCAAUUGUAUUUGUA